GGUGCACAACAGUUGUGUAACUGUUGUGCAUCCCAUGUGUCUAUAAACCUGCACAAUAGUUGCACAACUGUUGUGCAUGAGUCUUUUCUCUAAAAGGUCAUUAGUAACUACAAUGUUAGACGGGAGUAUGUUACAUGUACAUAAGAAAGCCGAAUCUCAUAAUUAAAGGAGUUUUUUUUUAAUGAAUAAACUAAGGAAUAUGUUGGUUAUUGACAUUAAGAUUUAAGACGAGAUUAUAGUGAAAAGUAGAGAAGAGAGCAAUUCAGUCUCUCUCUCUCUCCCCCAAGAAACUGCUAUGUUUUUUCUUUACCUCGUAUAUUAUAUUCAACUGGUUACAAGCUAAAUGUGGAACUGGAACAUGAUAUUUGUGCUCUCUCCCCCUACUCUCGUGAAUCCUAAGGCCCAUCAUCCCAUCCAUCCAUCCAUCCAUAACGUUAUUCACCCAACUCCUUGCACUUCCCAUGUGCCCUUGCUUCACCUUGCUCGAAUCAAACCGUUUUAGACCCUGCCCACUCUCUUUGGUUCAUGGCUUAAAAUCACGUCUCCAGAACCUAAUUUGCAUGAAUGAAGAUUAAAGAUUUCCGAGCUCUUGAUUACAGUGUAUAUGUGUAAGCUAGAUAAAGAGAUGAAGCAGUGUAAGGUGACUGUGUUCGUAAAAGAACUCUCCAUCCGUAUUAGAAGAGUUAAAGGAAGAAGUUUACAUGUUACAACCACCAUUUUCUUCGGUUUGUCCUUAGCGUUUUUCGUAAUGAUACUAGGAAUUUUCAUCAACAAUCGUGCUAGAAAAUUCCUAUCCUCCAAUGAGUUUUACCUCCCGCAACCCACUACAUUUUAUCCAAUGUCACCUUCGCCUUCAUGUUCUUCUUCAUCUGCUCCCUCCUUGAGUGACUGGAUAGCUCCCAAGGAGCUAUCACAUUCGAUGAGCGAUGAGGAGCUAAUGUGGAGAGCAUCAAUGGUGCCACAUCUGGAAACGUUCCCCUACAAUCGGACGCCAAAGGUGGCAUUCAUGUUCUUAACCAGGGGGAGAUUGCCGUUGGCACUGCUAUGGGAAAAGUUCUUCAAGGGACAUGCUGGGUUCUACUCAAUUUACCUCCAUAAUUCCUCAGAACUCAAUAAUAAGCCACUGGAAUCCUCAGCGUUUUUCAACCGGAGAAUACCAAGCAAGCCAGUGGAAUGGGGACGUGCCACAAUGAUGGAUGCAGAGAGGCGCCUAUUAGCCAAUGCCCUACUUGACUUCUCCAAUGAGAGAUUUGUGUUACUCUCUGAAACAUGCAUCCCUCUAUUCAACUUUACAACAAUUUACAGCUACCUCAUAAACUCCAACCAAAGUUUUGUUGGCUCGUUCGAUGACCCACGACAGAUGGGUCGUGGUCGUUACAAUAAACGAAUGUGGCCAACCAUAUUACUGUCCGAUUGGCGUAAAGGCAACCAGUGGUUCGAAGUUCACCGGCGGCUGGCUGUAGAGAUAGUAUCAGAUGUGAAAUACUACCCCAUUUUUGAGAACCAUUGCAGGCCUCCAUGUUAUAUGGAUGAGCACUACUUGGCAACCCUUGUGACCAAAACUCACCCGGACAUGAACUCGAACAGGAGCAUUACAUGGGUUGAUUGGUCCAGAGGUGGGUCGCACCCUACAAGGUUCGUGGGGAAGGAUGUGUCCGAAACGUUUCUGAAUGCGGUGAGACAUGGGUUUAAUUGUAGUUAUAAUGGUCGCACGACCACAAUUUGCUUCCUUUUUGCGAGGAAGUUUCAACCAAACACUCUAGAGCCUUUGCUAAGGAUAGCCCCAACACUGCUUGGGUUUAAUCCUUAGGAGAAUUGUAUGGCCGACGAAACAUGUCGCACAUUGGGAGAAAAUCAUGAAUAUCGUGACCGUACGGUCCGCACCACAAGGAUAUAUAUAAAAUUAUUUGGCUGAGCCAUGCC